AUGCAGUUCCUCACCACCACGCUUUCCCUUCUCUCGCUCUCCAGUGUUGCUCUUGGCUGCACGCGCUACACCGUCAAGUUCCGCUCAGCCAACGCCACCUGCGUUGACGACCAGGCCACAUUCAACGCCCACUGCAACGAAAUCAAGGCCACCAUCGCCGACUUCAGCACCGCCAACGAGUAUCUCUACGGCUCCGACUUCACCAACCAGUUCACCGGCUGCGACUCCUGCGGCGCCACGGACCCCAGGUGCCACUGCUCCGUUACCGCCUGGAGGUACCACGAGUGGCAGUCGACCGAGAACAAAUACGACACGGGAGCGUGGGAGAUCUCCCAGGACUGGACAGCCAUUGAUGGCAAGACUGUCGACUGUUAG